UAAUUAAACUUGAUCAAGGCGUCACAUGCACACACAAACACACACUGUCAUUUCUCCACUCCCAUGGCGUCGUUUUGCCCUGUCAUGUCUCACUCCUUCUUCUGCAUUUCCUCUCCAACACCACGUUUUCCAUGCUGCAACGACACCGUUCAAUCUCACUGUGCCCCUCUCCCACUCUUGCCCCAACGUUCAUGCUCCUCCCAAAGGGGUGCUUGUUUACGAUGGGGGAGGGAAUCACCAAGAACCAGGAUACAUGCUUCAUUGGCAGGUGUUUCAGUGGAAGAUGUAUCGGUAGAAGAAAAAUUACAGCUUCCGAAAGGAGAAACUUGGUCAGUUCACAAGUUUGGAGGGACUUGUGUGGGAACCUCUGUGAGAAUCAGAAAUGUUGCGGAGGUUAUUAUGAAUGAUUACUCAGAUAGGAAAUUUGUGGUGGUCUCUGCGAUGUCAAAAGUGACGGACAUGAUGUAUGAUCUGAUUCAUAAGGCUCAAUCCCGAGACGAUGCAUAUUUAUCUGCUCUGGAAGCUGUUUCAGAGAAGCACAGCUCAACUGCACGUGACUUGCUUGAUGGAGAUGAUCUUGUUGCUUUCUUAUCGCACUUGCAUCAAGACAUCAGUAACCUCAAGGCAAUGCUUCAAGCCAUAUGCAUAGCUGGUCAUGCAACAGAAUCCUUUAUUGACUUUGUUGUGGGACAUGGGGAGUUAUGGUCUGCACAGAUGCUGUCUUAUGUUAUAAGGAAGAAUGGGAUUGAUUGCAAAUGGAUGGACACAAGGGAAGUCCUCAUUGUAAAUCCUACUCGUUCUGAUCAAGUUGAUCCUGACUAUUUGCAAUCUGAACAAAGACUUGAGAAAUGGUACUCCUUGAAUCCAUCUAAGGUUAUCAUUGCUACUGGUUUUAUUGCAAGCACUCCUCAAAACAUUCCUACUACUCUCAAGAGAGAUGGAAGUGACUUCUCGGCUGCAAUUAUGGGUGCUCUGCUCAGGGCUCGUCAGGUCACAAUUUGGACAGAUGUUGAUGGUGUGUAUAGUGCAGAUCCUAGAAAAGUUUGUGAUGCUGUGAUUUUGAAGACAUUGUCUUAUCAAGAGGCAUGGGAAAUGUCUUAUUUUGGAGCAAAUGUGUUGCAUCCGCGCACAAUAAUGCCAGUUAUUCGAUAUGGCAUACCCAUAAUAAUAAGGAAUAUUUUCAACACCUCUGCUCCUGGAACAAAGAUCUGCCAUCCUUCUCUUAUUGGUGAUGAAGAUAAGAAGAUAUUAAAAACCUUGGUCAAAGGCUUCACAACAAUAGACAACUUGGCACUUGUAAAUGUUGAGGGAACUGGAAUGGCUGGUGUUCCAGGUACAGCCAGUACUAUUUUUUCUGCCGUAAAAGAAGUUGGGGCUAAUGUUAUCAUGAUAUCUCAGGCUAGUAGUGAGCAUUCUGUGUGCUUUGCGGUGCCUGAGAAGGAAGUAAAAGCUGUUGCUGAGGCAUUGCAGACAGUAUUUCAUAAUGCUUUGGGUGCACAGCGUCUUUCCCAGCAAACCUCUCAGGUUUCGGUGAUUCCAGAUUGCAGCAUCUUGGCAGCUGUUGGCCAGAAAAUGGCAAGCACUCCUGGAGUUAGCGCCACCCUCUUCAAUGCAUUGGCUAAGGCCAACAUAAAUAUUCGUGCUAUAGCACAAGGUUGUUCCGAGUACAACAUUACCGUGGUUGUUAAGAGAGAGGAUUCUAUAAAGGCUUUACGGGCUGUGCAUUCAAGAUUUUAUCUGUCAAGAACCACCAUAUCAAUGGGCAUUAUUGGACCUGGAUUAAUAGGGAGUACCCUGCUUGACCAGCUAAGGGAUCAGGCCGCAAUUCUGAAAGAAGAAUCAAAGAUUGACUUGCGUGUGAUGGGCAUCAUGGGUUCAAAGCUGAUGCUUCUUGAUGAUGCAGGGAUCAACUUAGUUAAAUGGAGAGAACUUCAAGAGGAAAAAGGAGAAGCAUCUAAUUUGGAAAAGUUUGUUCAACAUGUACAAGGAAAUCAUUUUAUACCAAACACUGUAAUAGUCGACUGCACAUCUGACUCUGUCAUAGCAAGCCAAUAUGAUGACUGGCUGCGCAAAGGAAUGCAUAUUAUCACCCCUAAUAAGAAGGCUAAUUCAGGACCUCUAAAUCAGUAUUUGAAAUUAAGAGCUCUUCAGAGGCAAUCAUACACACAUUAUUUCUAUGAAGCUACUGUUGGAGCUGGUCUUCCAAUUAUCAGCACUUUACAGGGCCUUCUUGAAACCGGUGACAAAAUAUUGAAAAUUGAAGGCAUUUUCAGUGGGACUUUGAGUUACAUCUUUAAUAACUUCAAAGAUGGUCGGGCUUUUAGUGAGGUAGUUGCUGAAGCGAAGGAAGCAGGUUAUACUGAGCCAGAUCCAAGGGAUGAUCUAUCUGGAACUGAUGUUGCUAGAAAGGUGAUAAUUCUUGCAAGGGAAUCUGGCUUAAAGCUAGAGUUUUCUGAUAUUCCUGUUGAAAAUCUUGUCCCUGAACCGUUAAGAGUUUGUGCCUCAGCUCAAGAUUUUAUCCAACAAUUACCAAAAUUUGACAAGGAGUUAACAAAGAAACAAGAAGAUGCAGAGAGUGCAGGGGAAGUGUUGAGAUACGUGGGAGUUGUAGACGUGAGAAAUGAAAAGGGGGUGGUAGAGCUGAGAAGAUACAAGAAGGAUCAUCCAUUUGCACAACUAUCCGGGUCAGAUAAUAUAAUUGCAUUCACAACAAGAAGGUAUCAGAAUCAGCCUCUCAUUGUUCGUGGACCAGGAGCUGGUGCACAAGUCACAGCUGGAGGAAUAUUCAGUGACAUUUUACGACUAGCCUCCUAUCUUGGUGCUCCAUCUUAGAUCUGUCAAUUUUGCCAGCAAAUGCAUUCUUGUGGCAUUGGUUUGUUGUGAAUAAAUAAAUAAAUAAUGGCUUUCAUUUACUGAUAUUAAAUGCCACAAAUAAGGAAAAUUACUAUUUUAUUAGAAAACUGAUGUCUCUUAGUAUUAAAUAUUUAUUUAUCUGAUGUCUUAUUGGAGAAAUCUUUAUAAAUCAUGUACAAAUUGUAAGUUAGCAAAUGAACUUGCAUGUGAAUUGAGAACUCAAUAUCGUGUUUGUGUGUUA